ACUUUACUACUACUUUUACCUCAAAAUUAUUAAGCGAUUUUUUUGGUGAGCGGAAAAAGAAACACCAAACAAUUUUUUAUAAAAAAUGGGAAAUUGUAUGGAAACUUGCAAGGUUAAUAGAUUCAAAGGAGGGGGAGGAGAAGAGAGCGGGAAAUCGAAAGAAGAAAACGGGGGAAUUGAAAUGAUUUGUAAAGAAGGAGACUUUGUGAAGAACGUUGCGAGUAAUAAAAAUGGUUUAAGAGUAAAAAUGGUUUUGACUAAAGAAGAGUUACAAUGGUUGAUGAUGCAGUUGAGUAACAGAGAUGGCAAUGGAGGAAAGAGGAUUGAAGAUGUUUUAGGGGAGCUUGAGAAGGGAAGAAAGAAAGUUUCAGGUCAUUCUUGGAAACCUUCUCUUGAUAGUAUAACUGAAAUCCCUGAAGUUGUUGAGAUGAAUAGAUGAUGGUUUUUGUUUUGGGUGAGUAGAGAGAGUUGUAAAGGGUAAACUGGAUUCGAUCUCAGGUUUUAGGUGUUGUUUGUCGAUCUCUCAAUACUUUACAGGUUAAGCUAGUUGUCAUCCACGUACGUAGUAGCAUAGGUGAUAGAUUUUUCAUUUGAGUUUUGCUCUUGUUUUACCUUUUUCGGGUGUGUUGUAGAGAGUUGUAAAGGGUAAACGAGAUUCGAUAUCAGGUGUGGAAUAUUGUUUCUCUCCCAACACUUUACCGGUUAAGUUAGUUGUCAUCCACGUACGUAGUAACGUAGAUGAUAGAUUUGUCAUUUGAGGUUUGCUCUUGAUUUACUCUUUUUGGGUGGGUUGGAGCAAGGUAAUUGGAAAUUUUUAGGUCUUUUUGCCUUACAUGGGUUACUUUAAAGGUUUGGUGUUGAACAUCCACAUGUGUAAAUAUUUUUUGAGAUAGAUUGAAAUGCUUGUAUGAAGAUCUUAUGAUAUCAAUUUGCCAUCUAUUAUACUUUA